CAGCCCCACGGGGCCAUGGUGGGGGCUCCCUGCGGGCACGGGCACGCCGGGCAGGGCAUCACAGAACCCAGCCCCGCCGUCUCCCUUCACGCCGCCCUCUGCCCCGCAGCUCUCUGCCUGGUGCUGGGCUGCAUGAUCUUCCCCGACGGCUGGGACGCGGAGACCAUCCGGGACAUGUGCGGGGAGAAGACGGGGAAGUACUCCCUGGGCGACUGCUCCGUGCGCUGGGCUUACAUCCUGGCCAUCAUCGGCAUCCUCAACGCCCUCAUCCUCUCCUUCCUGGCCUUCGUCCUCGGCAACCGGCAGAACGACCUGCUGCACGAGGAGCUCAAGACAGAGAGCAAAGAUUUUGUCGGCACUGCGAGGAUAUAAGGCCGAGCGUCCGCAGCAGGACCCUCCUCCCGCGGCCGGCAGCCUGGGCGCUCCCUCCCCGUCCUGCCCUUCAUCUGCUGCCGGCGGCCACGCAGCGCGCCGGGGACACGCCAGCCGCCCGCCGCGCCCACGUCCACGCCGGCACCGCCAUCCCAUGCACCCCGCCAGCCCCGCACCUCUGCCACCCGUGGGCCGCCGCCAGGGAAGGAUGCCCCAAACCUGCUUCGUCCGAGAACGGUGUCAAACUGCGGUUUCAUUUCGAGGAAAAAAAAACCAACAUCUCAGAGUUUUUAACAGAUUUCUACAUCCCCAGGACUCCAGACCUGCUGCCUCCCGCCCCAACGCGUGCCCCGUGACGCCCCGCGCCGGCUGCUCCGGGCCCCAGCACCUUCCCCGCUCCCACUUUGUACAGCUCCGUCAUCCUGUCUCCACGGCCGGGGGGACCCGGUGGCCGGGCUGGGGCCUGCCCGUACUUUUACGUGUAAAUUAAUAUUCUCUAAACAGGGUAAAGUGACUCGAGCCCCCUCGCCCCCAGCCCAGGAGUCCAGCCCCAGGACCUCAUGCUUUCCAGUGCCGCUGGGGCCGCAGGCUGCCGCUCGCUCCCACCCAAGCGUGGGGGGACCGCAGGGGCCUCACUGCCGCGACGCCCGACUCGUGCCACCGCUGAAUGUAAGCCCUGGUAAGUGGGAGCAGCUGAAAAAUGCAAAACCCCCGGGGCGGGCACAGGAGGAACCCCCCCAUCCAGCCCCGGCCGCUGCCAAACGCCUCCCCCCCAUCCCCAUACGGUGCUUUAUCUCCACUGGUGACAGCGAGGCUCUCCCCGCCACGGUGCGCAGGCACCGGAGUCCCAGCCCCGUCCCCUGGCUGCACCUCGCCAGCACGCGGCCGCAGGGACCCCAGGGCUCAGUCGUGCAGCACCCAGCACCGACACCCCGGCACGGGCGGCUGAGGCCCGGCCGCGGCUCUGCUGGCCAGACCAGCGCGGGGGCUUCCCCACGUGCCCGCCGCAGCCCUCGCAACGCAAUAAAGUCCUCAGCACCGGCCGCGGCUCGGUGCCAGGAGCCGGGGGCUGGUGGCAGGAGCACGAGGCCGUGUGGGGGGCUCUGGAGGGUCCGGAGCCAGGCGGUGUGGAUGGGUACAGGAGAGGGGCCGCGGAACCGGGGCGAGGGGCGCAGCCGUGCGGUGGGAACGCUGCCGGGACAAGGUGAUGAAGGGCUGUGCGGGAGCCGCCACCCGGCGCACCUGGGGCUGGCGGAGCCGGUAAGUCGUGCCCUGAGACCCUGCGGGGUGGCGGCGAGGGAUGGAGCCGGAGCUGUGCCGAGACCCCGAGUGGGAGCCCAGGGCCCCCCGGGACGUCGCGGGCGCUGGCGCUCCCCCCGCAAGCAGCCGCUGCCUGCCACCGCCCCACGGCCCCCGGCGGAUCGGGAGCGCUGUUGCUGGCUGAAUUGGAAAACAAACCAAGAAAAAAUCAGUGGAGAAAGGAAUACAGUAGCUGUAAUAUAUCUGUAUUUUAGUACAAAGUUUGAUACAGUGUUUCACAAAACCUUAUUGAAAAAUAUAAUUCAAACCAGAUGA